AUUUUUGGUUGAUAGUAAACAAGAAAAAAAAUGGAGUUUACGAGAGAAGAAGAAGAAGAAAUGAUAGCGCCAGUUAGUCCAACAGGAUAUUACUUCAACAGCUCAGUGUUAAAUAUAUGUGUAGUUGGUGUUCUUGAAUUUGAACUUCCCAUUGAUGACUCCAAAGCCAUCACCUUGCUCCAACAUCUUUUUCUUCCCAUAAAUCCUCGUUUCUCGUCUAUCAUGAUUGAAGAGAAAAAUGGCAAAAAACAAUGGAAAAAAGUUGAUGUAAAUCUCAAAAACCACAUAAAAACCCCAACUUUCCCACCAAAAAAAUCACCAAAAUACUACGAAAAAUGCCUCGACAAAUAUCUCUCAGAACUAUCUACCCAAGAACUUCCACAAACUCAACCAUUAUGGGAAAUUCACGUAAUAAAAUACCCAACAACAAAUUCUUCCGGUACCGUAAUUUUCAAGAUUCACCACGCUCUCGGCGACGGUUAUUCAUUAAUGGGAGCUCUUCUUUCUUGUUUACAAAGAGCUGAAAACCCUAAUCUUCCAUUAACAUUUCCUUUUGUUUCAACUUUACCGGUGAAUAAUAUUUUUAAUGCAGGCGGUGGAGUAAAUAAUAAUGGCGUAUUUAAGAGUUUACCUAAGAUUCUGUCGUCCAUAUUUAAUACAGUUUCUGACUUUUCUUGGAGUGUUGUGAAAAGUAGCUUUCUUGAAGAUGAUGUAACUCCGAUUAGGUCUGGGGACCCUGGAGUUGAAUCUCGACCGUUGAGUAUCUCUACUAUGUCUUUUUCUCUCAAAGAUAUUGGAAUUAUUAGAGCCAAUCUUGGAGUGAGCGUAAACGAUGUGAUUACCGGAACGGUGUUCUUAGGAACAAGAUUAUACAUGCAAGCAAUGGAUGAAGAAUCAAGAAACGCCAAUUCGACUGCAUUAAUAUUGCUUAACACAAGAAUGUUUCGUGGGUACAAAUCAAUUGAGGAAAUGAUAAAAACUAAUUCAAAAUCACCAUGGGGCAACCACUUCGCAUUCUUACACAUUUCAAUACCUAAAUUAACAGACAAUCUUGAGUUGCAUCCGUUUAUGUUCGGUAAGAUUGCUCAAGAAACUAUCAAGAAGAAACGCAGUUCUUUAGCUGUUUAUCUUACUGCUGCACUUUUAGAAGCUGUUAAAAAAUUUAGAGGACCCGAGGAAGCAUCUAAGCUUGUCCACAGCACAUUGAAGAACACAAGCAUGGUAAUUACAAAUGUGAUUGGGCCAAUGGAAAAAAUGGCUUUGGAUGUUCAGCCAAUUAAGGGCCUGUACUUUAUGGCCACCGGCAAUCCUCAGAACCUCACGGUUACAAUAGUCAGCUACAUGGGAGAGCUGAGAGUUGCAAUUGGAGCAGAGAAAGGGUUUAUAGAUACUCACAAGUUGAAGUCAUUUAUAGAGAAUGCAUUUCAAAUGAUACUUAAAUCUGCUUCUAAUAUUCCAGAGAAUAAUUAAUUCUUCAAUUGAGUUUUUCAGAUUGUUGGAGAGUUAGGUUUAAAUUUGCUUCAAUUGUUCUUAAAUUCAUUUUUUAAAAUAUCUCUUUCAAUUGUUACUACUUAUUAUCGCCAUUCUCAGAAUAUUUUAAUGAAUUUCAUUGGUAUCAAUUUGUA